AUGCGAUGCACUGGGGCUGGAACUGCUAUUUGCCAGCACUGUGCUAUAACUUAUAUAUCUUGCCAGCACUGUGCUAUAACUUAUAUAUCUUGCCAGAUCUUGAUCUUGAUCUUGUUCUUGAUUGGCUCCUUCGUUAUUUCAGUGACUGGUGAGCCUAAUCAAAAUCUACCAAUUAAUGAAGUAGGUUCAGCUAUGCAACCUAUAAAGAAGAGGAAAUCUAGUGCAAGUGGUUCUAGGCAAACAUCUGCUUGCUGGGAACAUUUUAUUAGAUUACCCGAUGACCUAGUUGAUGCACCCAUUGCAGCCUGCAAACACUGCCAUAAAAAAACACUUCCAAGUGUAGAUGGUAAAUUGGUUCAAGUUAGCUCUAGAUUUGACAAGAAAGCUUGUAGAAGUGCUUUGUCAGUUUUUGUAGUUCUAGAUGAGCAACCAUUUAGUGCAGUAGAGGGUGAAGGGUUUAAAUUUUAUUCCAAAGUAAUGCAGCCCCAAUUUACCAUUCCAUCUAGGUGUACGAUAGCUAGGGACUAUUUUCAGCUAUACUUGGAUGAAAAACAAAAGUUAAAGGCCUUUUUUAAGUCUGAUUGCAAUAGGGUAGCACUUACUACUGAUUGCUGGACUUCUAUACAAAAUCUCAACUACUUGACCUUUACGGAACACUUUGUGGAUAAUGAAUGGAAGUAUCAAAAAAGAAUUAUAAGCUUUACCAUAAUUCCAAACCACAAAGGUGAAACUGUAGGUAGGAAGAUUGAAGAAGUGUUAAGGGAUUGGGGAAUUAGGAAUGUGUCAACCAUAACUGUUGAUAAUGCCACUUCAAAUGAUGUUGCUGUGACAUAUCUAAAGAGAAAAAUAACAAAUAUGAAUGGGUUAAUGGGGGAUGGAGAGUGUUUUCAUAUGAGGUGUUCAGCUCACAUUUUGAACUUGGUGGUAAAUGAGGGUUUGAAAGAUAAACAUUUAUCUGUAACUAGUGUUAGAGAUGUUGUUAGAUUUGUUAAGUCCUCACCUCAUAGGGCAGCCAAGUUUAAAGAAUGCAUUGAAUUUGCUGGAAUAACUUGCAAAAAAUUAGUAUGUCUUGAUGUUUCAACUCGUUGGAACGCGACAUAUUUAAUGCUAGAGGUUGCGGAGAAGUUUCAACUCGCUUUUGAAAAGCUUGAGGAUGAAGAGUCGAGCUAUAGGGAGUUCUUUGGAAAAGGUAAUCCCCCUAGUAAUGAUGAUUGGGACAUUGCUAGGGCUUUUAGCGCUUUCCUAAAGUUAUUCUAUGAAGCAACUAAGACUUUUUCCACCUCUCAAAAUGUGAGUUUGUAUACUUGUUUUCACCAAGUGUCUGCCAUUUAUUGUGAGUUAAAGCAAGCUACUUUGAACUUAAAUGAUAUUUUUGCAAGUGUGGGUGGAGAUAUGAUGGAAAAAUAUAAUAGAUAUUGGGGAAGUCCUGAUAAGAUGAACAAGAUGAUAUAUUUUGGUAUUAUUCUUGAUCCAAGAUACAAGUUGAGUUACAUUGAGUGGGCGUUUAAGGACAUGUAUGGAGUUGGAUCAAAGUUUGGUAGUGACUUGGUAAAAUCUAUAAAAGAGAAUUUACAAAAGUUGUAUGAUUGGUAUAAGCAAGCUUAUGACCAAGAAUAUAAUUCCAUACAGCCUCUUGGUAGUGGUGGAAAUAAUGUCUCCAAUGAUGAAACAAAUGCAUCUGCUGCCCGUUCAUCACUUAUGGCUAGAGCUGAUGCUUUUGAGCAACAUUUAGAGGAGCAAGACUCGAUUGAUCAACAAAAUGAGCUUGAGGUGUAUAAUUCUAGUAAGGUGUCAAAGGGAUCCUAA